UCAUGGGUCAAUCCUGGAAAGUCGUGAACCUUACUCAAGAAACAUGUGAAGAACUAAGCAAGCUAGGAGACUGCUUUUUCGAUGGAAGCGUUUCGCAUAGGCUAGUAGAGAGGAUUCGCCGCCCUCAAUACCGCGAAUUGGAUUCAGUGGUGGGGAUGUGCAAGCCAGGUUCCAUUGCAUUUGGAAAUCGAAUAAGCGGCAUUUUUUCGCUCAACUUGGAACGUGGUAAACACACAUGGCUCUGUCCAAUGAGAGUCGAGCAAAGCUCCGAGUGUAUUUUGCUGCACGGUCUGCCCAUCGAGCUCUUCAGCCUGAUAUGCGAGGACCUUGACAAUGGGGAACUCAUUUUCUUCGCUAUGACGUGCCAACACGUUUGGGAUCUGUGUCGGCCCUUGCUACACGAGCGUAUGAAGCGCCUCUGCAGCCGCCUUUACUGGAGUGGACAUCGAUUGGUUUGCUUCGGAAGCGAACUCGCCCACAAUGAUAUCCCCGACUCCAUCCUUUCUUCGGAAGAGAGAACACAGUAUUUCGGCAUCACAGAUGGGCAUGACCAUGACAGUGUAUGGGAAAACGGAUUCGCCAACUUCGCCCUUCCAUUGCACCGUAAAAUGUAUCUCGAUGUUGAGCUGCGUAUCAAGGCCCGCAAGCGCAACUGUCAGCUUGAUUAUCUCCAUGCGUCGACGUUGUGUCGUUUGCUGGAGUCUUUCCGGUGCGGCGACAUCGUGGUCGUUUCGACCGCUGGCUCCACUAAUCACAUUCUUCGAAACCUCACCAAACACGAGUAUGUCCGCGAAAUCGAGCUGUUCAAGAUGAAAGACAAGUAUCGGAACUCUCGCCCACAGAUGUGCUAUUUCUUGUCUCUGGGUCACAUUGUCCUCGAGCGUAUAUGCUUGUCCUCGACUUCCUCCGUAUCGAUGGGUCGGGACGAUUCCAUCGAGCUCCACCGCGGUGUUUGGGCUGGCGACCGGUUCGAUAUCAUCUCUGAUUCAGAUGAGGGGUGGGUUCAAGAGCUGCGGAAAGAGAUGUCACGGUGGAAGGAUGUCAGCAGAGAUGCCGUUGAUGAGCUUGAGCGGAUCCUCAAAUGGUAA